AUGUCUAGGGCUGGGCUGAUAAAGGAACUCUUUAGCAUUCCUGAAGCUUCAGUGGUACUUGCAAGCGCCCUAGGUGCCAAUAUCGUCGAUUUAAUCACCUGUUAUUCCAUGCUCUUAGUUUGCAGAAUCAUCUCGGCCUCCAAGCGUCAUAGAGAACAAUACUACACAUUAAUUGGGCAUUGCUCUAUUGCUCUACAUCUCGUACUUGUCAUCCUUCGCGCUGUGAUUUUACCACCUUUACUGUUGUCUCUUAUCUACGGCCUAAUCUUCCCAACAUCUGAAGUAUCUGCCGGUGGUAACUACAACCUUGUUUUUCUUGCUCCUUCGUACCGAAGAUUUCUCAGUCCAGCAAAAUGGUCUUCUGGUUCCAGACCUGAUUUUUUUCAUGGAUCAUUUCAACUUCACACGCUAAUCCCUUACACUCCGCUAUCUCUAUACAUGCCGCGAGCUGGUUUCCUCUGGACGGACAACCUUAUAUGGAGGGAAGAGUUCGGUGUCUUUGGCUCCACUCCUGGCCUAGACUUGUUGCAGAGCAGCUUAGAAAACGAACCUCACCGGGCAUUUUUUGCUGAUCCUAUUGGCCGCCGCCAUCCAUGGGUACUUCAAUUAGCUUCAGUUCCGGUCGAAUCAGACGCGACUCAGCAAGCCUAUAAACGCAGCGGCAGCUCUCUUGUGUCCGAGGACGCAGUUUUCCUUCGCAGUCGAGUCACCGGAAGAUUUUUAGGCGUUGUGCAAGGGAAGCCUUCUAUUGUCGACAGUGAAAUGGUGUACCUUCCCCUAUCCCGCGAACACGAUCUUAUUCAUAUUUGUUAUAUUGGUGGAAAUGAACGUAUCAGACUGACAUUUCCGCAACUCUCUAGAACCUACCCUGAUUCUUCCAUUAACACCACUUGGGUUCUAUACUAUGACCAACAUCAUGAUUCGGGGCUGAGUCUAUAUAACCCUUCGCAAAACUGCUAUCUGGCCACCAGCUUCCGCACCUACAUUGAUUACGAUGGUUAUGCAUCCAAGAACGACACAGUACAGCAUGUAAUUAAUCGCGUGUUGGAAGCGACUUGUACACGCGGAGCGAGCGAGCAAGCUUCUACUUUCUGGGUCAUCGAAGGUAACCCACAGAAUCUCGACUAUAACGGCUUCCCGCCACUACGCCGUGGCUUUGCUCUUCUUAGGGCUCUUUCGGACCUGCGGAGAUGGCGGAGAAAGUAUACCAUGUUAUUGGAGCUUCCCGACCCUUUCAAAUCCCAGAGGCAACACGCUCAUGAAUAUCAGCUAGCGAUUCCACUUGUCGAGGAAGCCGUCCUGAGUUUCUUUCUGUUCCUUCAUGCUUAUUGGUGUUUGUGUCGCCGGCGGAAGUGGAGAUGGAUCACGUUGAGAAGUGACGAUGGAGAAAGGCUAAGAACAAACAUCUUUGUUUUUGUUGUCCCAGUUUGGGUACAUGUUGGUGCUUACUGGCUCUUCAAAUUGAACAGGACGUAUAGCGGACAGUUUAUGGUGGUACUUGCUAUGUCGGGGAUAAAGUUGCUUCUUUUUAGUUAA